AUAACUUUCUAGGGUCUUUAGGGCUCAUGGCUGCAAUGAAUGACCUUAAAGUUCUUCUUCUUCUUCUUCUUUUAGGGUGUAAUUUGUUCAUGCAAUCUUAUUCACUGAGUGCUGUGGAGGAAAGGGAGGACUACAAGAAUUGGCUCUCAUGGAACCUUCAAAAUUACAAGAAGAAGGCGGUUCGGAAGCCGGGUUCGCAGCCAAACUCCGGGUGGUUUCAGGGUGGCGGAGUUCUUGACGAUAAAUUGAGAAAGGCCGAGAGCAACAAAAUGAGAAUCGUCGUUAGCCAAGACGGGACGGGCGAUUUCAAGACCAUUGGAGAAGCUCUCAAUAGCAUUCCGAAACCUAAUAGUAAAAGAAUCGUUUUGGUCAUCAAUCCAGGAGUGUAUAGUGAAAAGAUCAACAUUCCGAAAACUCUACCAUUCGUGACAUUUCUUGGAAGCGCCAGCCACGACCCGCCGACCAUCACCGGAAACGACACGGCGGUGGUGAUCGGAGGAGAUGGGAUACCAUUGGGGACGUUGAAGAGUGCGACGGUGGCUAUCAAUGGCAAUUAUUUUGUAGCUAUUAAUAUCAAGUUUGAGAAUACAGCAAUGCAUGAGGUGGGAUCGGUGCGAGGACAAGGAGUGGCAUUGAGAGUAUCAGGAACAAAGGCUGCCUUUCACAAUUGCAGCUUUUAUGGAGAUCAAGACACGCUAUAUGAUCAUAAGGGUCUUCAUUACUUCAACAAUUGCUACAUCCAAGGCUCGGUGGACUUCAUAUUUGGCUAUGGAAGGUCCUUCUAUGAGAAAUGUUAUUUGAACUCCAUAGCUAAGAAAGUGGCUUCUGUGACGGCUCAAAAGCGAUCAAAAUCUUCAAUGGGAAGUGGGUUUUCGUUCAAGGAUUGUGUUGUAACGGGUAGUGGACAAAUCUACUUGGGAAGAGCUUGGGGAGAUUACUCUAGAGUUGUUUUUACCUAUACUUUUAUGGAUAAGAUUGUUCUUCCUCAAGGUUGGAACGAUUGGGGCUCGAGAAAACGUCAAUCGACGGUGUAUUAUGGAGAGUACAAGUGUAGCGGACCAGGGGCAGACCUAAGCGGAAGAGUAGGAUGGGCUCAUAACCUCACAGAUGAAGAGGCUCAGCCAUUCAUUGGGACUCACUAUGUUGAGGCUGAUACAUGGCUUCUUGCCCCUUAUAACUCCUAAAUUUAUCAACCCUUUCAAGAUUUAUGCUCUUUCCAUUACAUAUUGUAUCCAAAUAUUUCAAAUUCUUAAGAAUUUCUAAAUAUAA